CACGGCGAUUACCUGAGUAUAAAAGCCUUCUAGAAGCGGAGCGGCGUUUACUUUCACUUGUUCUUGCAUUGCGCUGCUAGGUGUGCGCUCCUUCUCUUCGUCGAAGUCCUAGGCGGUCGAAGUGGCAGCAGCGGCGUACUUUCGCUCAGAAAUCAGUCCGUACACGACCAUCGAGAACUACAGAUCAAGACUCAAAGUGCAAAAAGAUAACCGAACUAAAAACUCAAAUAAUGAAUUCAAUUCUUCAGAUUUGCCUGGUGGUGAGUGUGGGGGUGAUGCUAUGUGCAUGGGAGACGACCGGAAGGCCACAGGGAAGUACACAGCGACCGGAAGUGACCGAGGAUGCGCUCAACAAGGCACUCAGCGAUCGGCGCUACCUGAUGCGACAAUUGAAAUGUGCCCUCGGGGAAGCGGCCUGCGACCCUGUCGGUAGGCGCCUCAAGAGUUUGGCACCGUUAGUAUUGCGAGGUUCGUGUCCUCAAUGUUCACCACAAGAAAUGCGACAGAUUCAAAAGGUGCUCGCCCACGUUCAGCGCAACUUCCCCAAGGAAUGGAACAAAGUGAUUAAUCAGUACGCCGGAUAAUCUCGUAUCGCAAGAUGGGACCCGACACGGGAUCAACCAAUCUCACCAAAAAUACAUAGAAUCUACAAAUCAACAUAAUACAUAAUUAAUUCGUGUUCGAAACCGUUACCUGGUAGCCUUUAUUAUCAAAUGUGCGUUGUUUACAUUAGAAACUCGCAUAAAUUUCAAACAAUUCGCAUUGAUUCGUCAAUGCCGCGGCGUCACAAUCACAAUUUUUCUUUCCAACGUUUGAUUACAUGAUUUCGCCGAAUACAUAUUAAACAAAUGUAAUAAACAUACGCAGUGUUAAAAUUCGAGUAUGAGGUCAUCGAUUGUUUAACGUUAGCGAGAAUUAUCGCGCACGGCAAUUAUCGGUGAUUAAAUUUAUUAAUGACAUCUAGUAUGUAAAGCUAAUUAAAAGUUGGUGGUUGAAUGUACGCGGCGUCGCAAAAUCGUGCUAUGUCGUUACGCAAUUAUAAUUACACGAUAUCCAUCGGGCGUGAUUUUAGGCUCGCGUGUGUAAUGUAAACGACAACCAGCGAAAAUCACAGAGCGUUUGGAUUAUUCAUUGUUCUAUUGAGUAUGAAAAUCAUGUGUGAAACGUAAGGAAUAUUUGAUUUUUUGUAUUGUACAUAAAACGAUAUAAACCUUGUGUUUGUGUUUGUUAUAUUUACUUGUUGUUAUCUCCGACAAAUUAGACAACCAUUAAAGAUUUUAGAAGUGUA